AUGGAAGACUCAUCCGCCAAACCAAUAUGGGCACCGUUCCACGUUCCCCGUAAGGACCUCAGCUGGCAAAUAGAGAAAGAAUGUCUCAAGGACUGCGCCUGCCCACGCUGUAAUGGCAAGCUUCGAAGCAGACUCUUCUUCAUAACACACUGGUCGAGCCAAAAGUACGACACUAAGACACUAGCCCAGACUUAUGAAGAUAGGCUAUCAGGCUGGCUGCGUCCCCGUUUCUGGCGACUAUUCCGAAAGCCGCGAGUAAAUGUGAUAGGAUGUAUGUCCGAGUUUUCAGACUACUUUUCUCGGACAAAAGUCUACGUGCACUCUUCACUCGUUCUUCUUCCCCGCGACGUUGAGUGGAGUCAGCCCUGGGUCAGGAUGUUGAUUAGUGCUGAUCAAGGGCUACAUUACACUUUCGACGGCGACGUUAGUUUCCACGAAUGGGCCGUGGUCUCAUCAUGUCCAAUGGGACCGAAUGAUCCUCUUUUAUCUUGUGUUCGAUUUUAUUGGGCAGCUUUACGUCAACUCUACUGGUGGGAUGAAACAGACAACAAGCAGCGGAACGAAGUAGUGAAAGAGCCAUACGGAGAUAGAGACAGAUUUCGCGAGCGGAUGGUAUCCACGUUCCCUGGCUUGGAUAAGGCCUUUUUCUCUUCGUGGCCGGAUAGGAACGGGCUGCGAAGAUUUGCCCAAGAUCAUCUACACGCUGAAUGGGUCCCUGGGAAAGGGAAACAUAGUGUCUGUAGUUUAGAACCGAUCUAUGUCGAUCCGCGACUUCAUGGUACUUCAAGGAGAAGAUUGAAUAAAUAG